CGUGAUUUAAACAGCCCAAUCACAGAAACGCUAUCCUUUUGUUGCUAUAGUUGGCUUAGCUUGCGCACUAACGGUCUGUACGAGUUAGUUUUCAUAUUAAAAAGGAUUUCUUAUGGAUCGCAGCAGCGCAGAUGAGGUGUAUCCGUAGCUGUAGGCGGCGGUGGUUCAGUUUGUCCCAUGAGUAAAGCCAUGAAGAACCGGUCCGGUUCCCCCCCAGUGCACGUGCACGUCAGUGAUGCCACGCCGGUCCACGUGCACGUGAAGAGCCAGAGGACGGCUCCUGGCAGGACGCCUCAGGGGAAGGUGAAUGUGGAAAAUUCGAGGCUUCGUCCGACAGCGAAGGUCCAAACUCGAGUGCCUUGGAUCCCUCCAGGAAAGGCUUCCUACAAGUGGGAGGGACCGACUCAAAGCCUGGAGAUCACACCACCGCCCCCAGAACCAGAACCUGAGCGCUCCCAGUCUGUGCUGCGUGUGUCGGAUCUCACGUCAGAGGAAGAGGAAGUUCUGCAGGGCCGGAUCAGCCAUUAUGAGAGGAAGAUCGAGAGCUUAAUGAGUGAAGUUUGCUCUCUUAGGACGGAGGUGGAGCUGCGUAAGAAGGAGCAGAUGCUGCAGUGUCAAUCGGAGCAGCUGAACGUCUCCAAACGCGUGAUCGCUGAGCAGGAGGAGGAGCUGGCCGAGGUGACCAAGGAGCUGCAGGAGACGGAGAGAGAAAACAGCCGUCUUCGUCGGUCCAUGGAGAAGAUGCUGGAGGAGAGCGACCCCAACAGAGUGGACGGUUCUCCUCAGGAUCCGGAUGUUCUGCUCCGGAAGCUGAUGGAUGCUGAAGCUGCUGCAUCUGCAGCUGCUCAGCAGGUUUCUGCUCUGAAACAGUCCGUCUCUCAGCUCUUCAGCUCGGGUGGAAAUAAGUUGUCGUCUUCGGGUUUGGCCCAUCAGAAGGACCUGCUGCUGAAGAAACUGGAGACGUUUGAGGCCACGAACCGAACUCUGAGGCAGCUCCUCAGAGAGCAGAGGGAGUCCCAGAUGGAGUCCAUCGGACUGUCAGAGCAGAAGGAGGUUCUACUGAAGAGGCUCGCUGACACAGAGGCAGAAAAAGCUAACCUUCUUGAGAAGCUUCAGGAGAAAGACAGGGAGCUUCAUCAGCUCUCCAACCUGCUGGACUCAGAGAAGGUAAAUGCUAAGAGCUCAGCAGAUUUGUCCAGGACUCUGGAGUCGACCAGAGCUCAUCUCCAGGGACAGUUACGCAGCAAAGAAGCAGAAAACAACCGACUCAGCGUUCAGAUAAAGAACCUGGAGCGGGCAGCCAAUCAGCAGAGGGCAGAGAUGGAUCAUGUGACGGAGCAGCUGAACCGACUGAAGCAGGAGGCGCUGGAGGAUCGGGAAGCUCUGAAACGAGCCACCAAAGCUCAGAAACAUCGAGCGGCGCGCAGUGAGGACGCUGCAGGACAGCUGAGCGUGCAGCUGCUGCAGAUGCAGGAGAAGCAGGUGGAUGAAGCUCUGGCAGCAGCUGAGGUCUGGCAGCACCGACACGCAGAGGAAGCCAAGGAGAAAGGUCAGCUGGAGAUGGAGCUGAGUCUGCUGAACAGCCGGAUAUCGGAGCUGAGCGAGCAGCUGCAGAGCGUGCAGGAAAGGGGUCGAUCGGAGAGGGAGGCGUUGCUGGAUCGCCUGCAUGGAGUGACUGCAGAGAACGCUGCUGCUAAACUGGAGAACCAGAACCUAAAGGCCUCGGCAUCUGCAGCGGAGGAAAAGCUGAGCUUGUCUCAGUCAGAGCUUCAGCAGGUCAGAGCCACAAUCAGGCAGUAUGAGGCUCUGCUGGAAAGCUAUAAGAUCCAGGUCGGGAAAACCCGGGCCGAAGCCGAGCAGUGCUCUUCCCAGGUGGCUCAAGCAGAGCGGGAGGCCCAGUCGGUGCAGGAGGAGCUGGAGAAGGAGAUCAAGGAGGUGCGCAGGGAGCUCCUGGGUCGGCUUUCGGACCUGGAGGUUCUUCCGGAGUCUUUGCGGCGCUGCCAGCUGCAGCUGCAGGACGCUCAGGAUCAGGAACGUCUCCUGGAGAGACGGAACGUGGAGCUCAGCACCAACCUGACGGAGCUCCGUCUGAAGAUGGAGACCCAGGGACACCAGAUGGAUCUCCUGAGGCAGAAGAACAAAGUUCUGAUGGAGGAGAACCAACAGCUUCAGCUCAGAGCAGAGUCUCUGGACCGGAAGCUGGAGGAAGUUUCCAGCCAGAACUCUGACCUUCUAACCGUCAUCUCCAAACGGGACAAGACCAUCCGCAGCAAUCAGCUCUCCCUGGAAGAGAAGACGAGAGAAUGUUCCCUGCUGAGCCGGAAGCUGGAGGCGGCUCUGGACGACGCCCGCCAGCAGAUCUCAGAGACCAGAGAACGGGCCAUGACCAAAGAACGCUCCACCAAAUCCAAGAUCCUGGAGCUGGAGACCCAGCUGAGCCGGACCGCCUCAGAGAUCGACCAGCUGAGACGCCACAAAGAGGAGGUGGAGAGGCGGUACCAGAGCCGGCUGCAGGAUCUGAAGGACCGCCUGGAGCAGUCCGACAGCACCAACCGAAGCCUCCAGAACUACGUCCAGUUUCUCAAAGCGUCCUACACCGACGCUUUUAGUGAUGUGGCCCUCGCCGGCUCCCUGCGGGCCCCCUCUCCCCUCUGACCGCCUCAAAAGAAGACCUGAUCGGUUCAGCUCCGGCAGUCUGCAUCUUCUCAUCUUAGCAGGAUGCGGUCACCAUGGCAACAGAUGCUGGGAACCAAAUGUAUUUGUGCUCAGUCAUUAUCACCAGUAUGUAUAGAACAUUUUGCUUCCAGACCUUCCAGUGAUCCAACGGACUGGUUCC